AUGGCCUUGCUACGCUGCAAGCGAGACCCUUGCGGCUUUAUUUGUUUAAUUUUAACGUAUUUCAGCGUUUUUUAUGCCGACUACGUGGUGAUUCAAUAUGUCCUCGUCCCUGCCUAUUCUGGGAGCAUAUGGUGCAGUCUCCACGGAUCAGCGUUCAACCUGAUUCUUCUGCUGCUACUGGCCUGUCACUCCAAAGCAGUCUUCUCAGAUCCUGGUAUGGUACCUCUUCCAGAAACGGCCAUUGACUUCUCAGACCUGCGGUCCCAGUCUUCGCGGAUGAAUGAGAGGGGUUGCGAAGGUUGGACGGUGUGCAGUCGUUGUGAGACCUACAGACCUCCCAGAGCACACCACUGUCGGGUGUGCCAGAGGUGUAUACGCCGCAUGGACCACCACUGCCCAUGGAUCAACAACUGUGUCGGAGAGCUGAACCAGAAGUACUUCAUCCAAUUUCUGUUCUACACCGGCAUGGCCAGUCUUUACUCAAUGGUGUUGGUGGUGUCUGCCUGGGUGUGGAGGAUCCGCAGCGAGAGGGAUGGGGAUGAAGAGAAAGAAGGAGAGGAGACUCCCAGCAAGCACCUGAUAGUUGCACACUACAUCAUUCUCCUGGUGGAGUCCGUGUUGUUCGGUGUGUUUGUUAUGGUGAUCUUCUAUGACCAGUUAGUGUCUAUCAUUACUGAUGAGACUCCCAUAGAGCAGAUGAGGAAUAGGCUGAUGAUGAAGGACAGAACCUCCUCUUCCUCCCAGCCCUCCCAUCACCCAACACAUACCCGCAAGCCCAAGCUCGCCCUACUACGGGAGGUCUUUGGAAGAGGCUCUGUUUUUUGCUGGCUUCUUCCUCUCCACUCCAGUCCUCCGUCUGUUGGCGGAAUCAGCUACUCUGCUCUACCCGAUUAUGACGUCUGA